AGUGAUUCUGGUGUCUUCAGCCUCCUUUCUUGGUCUCUGCCGUGUCACCGCGUUCCUAGAUCGAAUGCUUGGCCUAGACUCCUGGGCCCCCCAAUGAGACCAAACAUUCCUUAUUCGUUUUUGUCAUUUCUUUUUUUGAUCAAUAUGCUGUUUCUGUUUCUGCCUGUUAUCUUCACCGGUCGACCGGUGGUGAUCAACGUCUCUGUUUCUCAUUGCCAACCACCAGCUUUCAGCUUCAUCUGACCUUGCUUAUUAUUCCUCCACUCUCCGAAUAUCUUCGGUCAAGGUCCCAAGGGAUGGAGCUGAAAACCCAAGUCCGGGGAGUGGUAUUCCCGUGGCUAUUCUUAUCGAGACCCUUCCUCUGUAACCUGUCUCUCGCUUGCUUCUUCCUGUUGGCGAUCAACCCUUUUCCUUGUCUAGGACACAUAUCCGGUCUAUUGGAUGUCGAUGCCAAUCUUACUGCCGUACCAACAAACUCAGCCCUUUUUCUUCACACAGACCGUGACGGGCUCGCACACCGUUUUGGAUGACCCACCGUAUCGAACUUUUAUUAGUUGGUGGCAGCUUACCUAGUCUCUUUGG